AUGACCCCAACUGCACCUCGUGCAUUUGAGGAUGUGGAUGUGCGUACGUCCAGCAGCCCCAAUCUACAGGGAAAUGAUCGGGGCUCGACUGUGACCGACAAUCUACUUCCAAACUCAAACCAGCACCAGCAUGUGGUGUCAUCACGGAACUCGCCAGAGCCAGGAUCAACGGAUUUUGAGGGCAAUUACCUCGGUCCUGCAUCCGGUGUGUCGUUUAUCAAUCGCGUAUGGAGCCGUCUGCAUCAAGAUGAAACGACGCACUAUCCGGAUGAACUCCAAAAUGAAUCCUCGCGGAAUACAGCUGUCUUUAUGUUUGGCGAUAAACCUUACUCCAACCCCCAAGAGGCGGAGUUUACCCUCCCGUCUCUAGAAAAAGCGCUAGAGCUGGUGGGGAUCUAUUUCGAUUACUCUAUGGUGACUUAUCGGUUUGUGCAUAGGGGCAAUGUGGAAGAAUGGACCAGGCAGGUUUACCAAAACAACAUCGGCCUAUCCAAUCUCCCCGUGGGAAUAAUGGUUGCUCGGACUGCUAUCGUUCUCAUGAUCAUUGCUGUGAGUACUUUUGAGCGCUGGUAUGCAGCGUCAAAAUACAUGUCUUCUCUCGAGUCCGGGCCGCCGCGACUGGAAACCAUCCAGGCCCGGCUCGGCCAAUGCUUAUAUCUGCUGUCAUCGUCACGGGCCAACGAAUGCUGGUACUCAUUCGGCACAACAGUGCAGAUUGUGACUGCACUCGGGUUACACAGGAAAUGGCCAGCCAAAUCCUCGAAUAACGGGUGCUCGUAUUUAGAGUUGGAGCUGCGCAAGCGAAUUUUCUGGAGUGUAUACACUCUUGACAAAUAUCUAAGCAUUAUGUUCGGACGACCUCGACUACUCCACGACGAGGACAUUGACCAAGAACUACCAAAUGAGACGAACGACGAUGACUUACUAGAAGAAGACCCGACGCGAAGAACAGGAUCCACGGACAGCAUGAUGAUUGCCUCUGUUCUUCAUUACCGACUCGGUCGUAUACUAGGCGAUAUAUCCCGUCAACUAUACAGCAUAAACACCCUCUCUCGAGACUCCCCCCUCGAGACCGCAAUCCGCCUAACCUCAGAACUCGAAAAAUGGAAAGAAACCGUCCCGCCAUUGUUCAACAGUGUUCACCCAACCAGUUUAAUCCCGCCACUCUGUCGCCAAAGCCAAGUCCUCCAACUUGGCUACUCACACGCUAUGAUCCACGUCACUCGAUCUUUCCUUUUGAAUGAUUUCACAGACCUCAGUCGCAGACCGAAAGUCCCGCAUCCGAUGGUCAGCUCGCAUGUCCAAAAAUGCAUCCAGGCUGCUGAGAACAUCAUGACAAUAACCGAUGGCCUCGCGCAUCAAGGUGUGCUCAUGCAGUCCUUCUGGUUCACGCACUACGUGUGCUUCUGCGCUGUUUUGGUCGUCUACAUCCAUACUAUCCAACAGCACCGUAAGUCAUUGGGCGGGUCUAACUCUGCGGCUGUCUCUUCGGUCGGUAGUCCUGAUGACCCGAAUAAAUUGCGCCAGCUCUUUUCCCUCGCUGAAUCCUGUCAGCAGCACCUUGCUGAAGCCACUCGCAAGAAUUGUCCCAGUCGUCGCUAUGGGAUUAUUCUGGAGGAGUUGAGACGGGAGGUCCAUCGGCAGAUUGGGUCGAAUGGACUCUCCGUUGAAAUUCGAGCUCAUUAUUCUGGUGAGAAGGAUAGUUUCCAUGUGUCAGGAGAGAUUUCACAGAAUACCGAUGUAAAAUCCGUCCUCUUUGAUGCCCAAGCGGUUGAUUUCAUGAUGCCACCAGCCGAUUUAGGAGUGAAUGCCGGAGAUGAUGCAGGUUUUCUUGAGAGUCUCGAGGGAUCAAUCUGGUGGGCUCAACUUGACUCAUGGGCCUUGUCCAAUCUCCCUAAUGACCCAUCUACAUUUAGCCUCUGA